AUGAACAACAAAAGUAGAAGCAACAAAUCCAUUUGUGAGAAGUCCAUGAAACUGAUGACAAACAUAGUGAAAGUAUCCUACUUUUCUAUAGCCAAGACCAGCCUUAGAAUAGGUGCACCACCACCACCACCACCACCACCACCACCACCUGCUCCAUCUUUGCAUCGAUACACUAGAAACCUUAGAUUACAACAGCCAAUCAACAGCUCAAAACCUGUCUCCUAUUUGAUACACCCUGAUCAUGACACAAAGAGGUCUUCUGUGAACAUGAUUAAAGAUGAUGAAACUGAAAGUGUUGAUAUGAAAGCAUGGGAUUUCAUCAGAAAAGUGCGUGAGAAAAAUCUCAAAGAUAUGUGA